CAUGUCCAAAGAUACAACUUGGUCUAAAGUAAAACUUACCAAUUUAAUUAAGGCUGUAAAGGACCACCCUUGUUUAUGGCAGAGUAGAAAUAGUUCUUUCAAAGAUACAAGGGUUAGAAAUGCAGCAUGGUCUGAGAUAUCUGAAUUAUUUGAAUCCUCGACUGAUGAGGUACAGCAACAGUGGUGUAAUAUACGGAAUCAGUAUCGUAGAACUAGGAUAAGUGCAAUUAAAAAUGGAACAUACUUUAGAGCCUACUAUAACUAUCAUAAAAUUUUGAACUUUUUGGACGAAUCUGAGUUUAAUUUGGAAAAUUCGAUGGAUCAAGACAUUACUGAUCUCGAAUGUGCUAAAGCCAAAUUAUUCGAAAUUCCCAAGUGUACAACACUAUCGGUAGAACUGAAUAAAGAUAAAUUUAAGACAGUAAAAUCUAUACCGACAAAUAAUCUUUUCUCAUCCAUUAAAAAUGAAAAAUCUUCGCUCCCUACGAAAUUUGGAAAGAGGGAGAAACCUAAAAACGUUAAUAAUAUGAAUAAGAAACUUAUUGAAAUUUUACCAAGGCAACAGCAGCAAAGUUUAACAUCUCAAGACUCUAGACAACUUAUUCAACCCGCUCAAAAUCAACGUAUUAUCUUUAUUCCAAAUUAUUGCAAUCGAAAUCGAACAAAUACUGUUACUGAAGCUCUAGAAAAACAUAAUAUUACUCUAAAUACGCUUACUACUAAAGUUGAAAAGACUGCUAAUCCUCAAAUUAAGGAGCAGGAUUCGAUAAUAAUUACAAAGCCUACUAGUAUUCAAAAAUUUAUGCUUUCAAUGGCUGACCAACUAGCUGAUUUGGAUGGUGGAAAACAAAGAGAAGCAAUGAUUGGGGUUAUCCAAACCAUUAAUAGAGGGAAUUUGAAAAUGAUUCUCUCUGUUUUUGUAACAUCCUUUUUCUGUGUUAUUUGUAAUACAACACCGAUUGAAAAACCUAAUAUAGUAAUGUUUCUUUCUGAUGAUUUUGGAUAUGGAGAUUUGUCCGUUUAUGGACAUCCUAGUCAGGAGCAGACGAUACUUGAUAAGAUGGCACUUGAAGGCAUACGAUUUACGAGCUUUUAUUCAUCAAGCUUUUUUUGUACACCAAGCAGAGCGGCACUUUUAACUGGUAGACUACCUCAUAGAAGUGGAAUAAUUGGUGAUAUAGGAAAAUUUUCUCUGCCCGUUCUCCUCCCAUCCCACUCAACAGGUUUGCCUCAUGAGGAAUAUACACUUGCAGAAGCUCUUCGAGACGGUGGCUACAAGACAGGAAUAGUUGGAAAAUGGCAUUUAGGUAUUAAUCAGUACAAUCAUAAGGAUGGAACAUUACUACCACAUACUCACGGCUUUGACUAUGUUGGCCAUAUACUUCCCUUCAGUCUUGAGCAAAAAUGUGAUGAUAUGGGUCACCACCAAGCCAAACAAAAUAGAAAUAGAUGUUUCGUUUAUAAGAAUGACACAAUUGUUGAACAACCAAUUAGGUUUGAAACGCUAAGUCAGAGAUUUCUUGAAGAUGCUCAAUCAUUUAUUUAUGAAACGACAAUGGAUAAAACGUCAAAUAAGCCUUUUUUCCUAUAUUAUUCAUUACCACAGCCUCAUACGCCUAUGUUUAAUAUGAAGAGAUUCAAUGGAAAAUCAAAACGAGGUCAUUAUGGAGAUCAAAUUCUGGAAAUGUCAUGGCAGGUUGAAGAAAUUGUAAAUUUAUUAAAGGCGGAAAAUCAGUUAAAUAAUACUUUAGUAUUAUUUCUAAGUGACCAUGGACCCCAUUUAGAAAUAUGUGGAGAAGGCGGAAAUUCUGGUCCAUUAAAAGGUGGAAAAGGAACUGCCUUUGAAGGUGGAGUGAGGGUACCUGCCAUAGCAUGGUGGCCAGGUAAAUUAAAGCCUGCAGUAUCAACCGAAAUUUUCAACCUAAUGGAUAUAUUUCCUACAUUGUUGAGUUUGGUAAAUAUAUCUCUACCAAAUAUAAAACUUGAUGGAUAUGACAAUCAUGAAAGUUUAAUCAAUUCUAAGAAAGCAUCUAAAAGAGAAACAAAUUUCUUCUAUUGUAGUCAUAUAUUAAUGGCUGUACAGUACAGAAAUUAUAAAAUUCAUUAUUACGAAUUUGAUAAAAUAACAGAGGAGGACAUUGCCAACAAUUGUAAGAAUGGUAGAUCAAUAAGAGACUUUUAUAUGAUGGGUUUGGAUUGUGAAAAUGCUAAAAAACUUGACACCGCUGCUUUGUACAAUAUUGAUAUGGAUCCCGGAGAAGCGAUGCCAUUAGAUAUUGACGAUCAUCAAGAUGUAAUCAACAAGUUUGACAGGAUUGUUAAAGAGCAUAAAGAGAAUUUAACAUAUAAUACUAUCAAUAGAUUAUCCAAGGAUUAUACUGAUUCUAAACUAACACCUUGCUGUAGUCCACCAUACUGUUUAUGUUAA